UUGACAGAUUUUUAGCAAUAGGGAAUUUUCUUGAACGCAACUAUUUACUCAUAUGUGAUUUUUAUCCACUGAAUGAAUUGAUAGGUAGAUUUUUUUUCUAACUCUCUCUGUGAGAUUCUGAAAGAAACGAGGAAUUGAUAUCUCAAGGCAACAUAAACAUGUCACUAAGGGAAACUGAUGUAGACGGUUUUCUCUAACAGGAUUUUCUGGAUCCGCAGCCCUAUACUACCAACUGGUGGAGCUAAUGCAGCAGUGCGUCGUUUAUGAAGAGCCACUAAAGCCGAAAAGAAGAGUGGCGUUUUCCGCAUUCCUCCUGCACCCUGCAGUCAGCUCGCAGCUCCGCUCCGGUUCGGGACCAGCACCGAUCUCCGCCGCUCCGCUGGGUGGGAGCUUCCCGUCAUACAUGGGAUCGUAGUCCUUACAGCGGAACAUUGUAGCAGGAACAACGGGGGCUGAGACUUGAACAAAGAAGAUCCAUGAGAAGCAAAUCAACAUGGCCCUGUUCAAGCCUGAGAAUGUGGAAGACUUCUAUGAGAUUGAGGAAGUUUUGGGCAGUGGGCAUUUUGGUCAGGUUCGAAAAGUCUGUGAGAGGACAUCAAGGACUCACUGGGCUGGCAAGUUCCUAAAGAUUCGAAAAACGGCCUGCAGCCGUCUGGGUCUGGACAGGACCAGCGUGGAGCGAGAGGUGGAGAUACUACAGAUAUUACACCACCCAAAUAUUGUGGCCCUCAAAGACGUCUUUGAGAGUCGAUCAGAGGUGGUGCUCAUCCUGGAGCUUGUUAGUGGAGGAGAGUUGUUUGACUUCAUUGCUGAGAAGGAGAACCUAUUGGAAUGUGAGGCCAUUGAGUUUCUAAAGCAAAUCCUGGAAGGACUGAAGUUCAUGCACAAGAACAACAUUGCCCAUUUCGACUUAAAGCCUGAAAACAUCAUGCUGUCGGACAAAGGUUCCUCGCACCCCAACAUUAAGCUCAUUGACUUUGGCUUGGCUCACCAUUUUUGCCAAGGAGAGGAGUACAGAAGCACAAGUGGCACUCCACAGUACAUUGCACCUGAGAUGAUCAGUGACGAGCCUCUCAGCACAGCAGCAGACAUGUGGAGCAUUGGAGUAAUUACCUAUAUACUAUUGAGUGGUUUGUCUCCAUUCCAAGGUGAGACUGAUGAAGAGACUCUGAAGAACGUCAUUGCUACCAAUUAUCAGUUUAAUAAGCAUUUCUUCAGCAUGACCAGCUCCAUGGCCAAAGAUUUCAUCAUGAAACUUUUGAUAAAAAACCCCAAUGAAAGAAUGACAGCUGAAGAAUGUCUUGUACAUCCAUGGAUAAAGCCCAUCACUCGCAUACAGGUGGACAAAAGGAACCGAUCCUCAAUCAAUAUGAGGAGCUUUAAGAAAUUUAACGCAAAAAGGAAAUGGAAGAUGUCCUACAACAUGGUGUUGAUGUGUAACCGUCUUGUCAGUCUGAGGCUACCAUGUACGAGCAGCUCCAAUCCAGAUCCACUGCAGAGACAAUGUGAAAGUGACACAGAGGAAACAGAGAGCAAGCCUGCCUCUCUGCUGCGCCGCAGACUCAGCAGCAGUUCAUAGAACUGUUCAGACGUGCUGCGAGUCCAGGCUGCUCUAAAGGAUUCCUGAGGUCAAACACUUUGUUGCUCUGAUCAAGUAAAUCGGGCCUCCCAAACGAACUGGACUCACUGGUUCUAAUGGCGUCCAAGCUGGAGUCUUUUUGUUUCUGUAUUUUUUGUAUUUGUUUUAAUGCAUUUCGGUGGAUUUGUAAAAUAUGUGUUGAUAUAAUGUGCCUUAAAAAUCUUUAACUAUAGUAUGUCUUCAAUGAAGCUCAAACUCAUUUUGUACUAUUGUUUGUGAAAGAUUUAAUGUUUUUAAUGUUUGGUGUUUCUUUGUCUGUAUAAGUGGGAGGCAAGCAGAGCAAGUUUAAUGUUGUACCCAGCCUUUAACACAAUGUGAUCUGGAUCUCCACUUCCACUUGCCAGUACAGAACCACCAAUAUCUGCUUGUCUGUGUGUUGUUUAUUAAAAACAAUUAAGUUCAUGGUUUA